AAUAUGCUUCCCUGGGAUCACUCUACGAUUACAUUAACAGUAAUAGAAGUGAAGAGAUGGAUAUGGAUCACAUUAUGACCUGGGCCACAGAUGUAGCCAAAGGAAUGCACUAUUUACACAUGGAGGCUCCCGUCAAGGUCAUUCACAGAGAUCUCAAGUCAAGAAAUGUUGUUAUAGCUGCUGAUGGAGUAUUGAAGAUCUGCGAUUUUGGUGCCUCUCGGUUCCAUAACCACACAACACACAUGUCUUUGGUUGGAACUUUCCCGUGGAUGGCUCCAGAAGUUAUCCAGAGUCUCCCUGUCUCUGAAACCUGUGACACAUAUUCCUAUGGUGUGGUUCUCUGGGAGAUGCUAACAAGGGAGGUCCCCUUUAAAGGUUUGGAAGGAUUACAAGUAGCUUGGCUUGUAGUGGAAAAAAACGAGAGACUAACCAUUCCAAGCAGCUGCCCAAGAAGUUUUGCAGAGCUGUUACAUCAGUGUUGGGAAGCUGAUGCCAAGAAACGGCCAUCGUUCAAGCAAAUCAUUUCAAUUCUGGAGUCCAUGUCGAAUGACACGAACCUUCCUGACCAGUGUAACUCAUUCCUGCACAACAAGGCUGAGUGGAGGUGCGAAAUUGAGGCAACUCUUGAGAGGCUAAAGAAACUAGAACGUGAUCUCAGCUUUAAAGAGCAGGAACUCAAAGAACGGGAAAGACGGUUAAAGAUGUGGGAGCAAAAACUGACAGAGCAGUCCAACACCCCGCUUCUCUUGCCUCUUGCUGCAAGAAUGUCUGAGGAGUCUUACUUUGAAUCUAAAACAGAGGAGUCAAACAGUGCAGAGAUGUCAUGUCAGAUCACAGCAGCAAGUAACGGGGAGGGCCACGGCCUGAACCCGGGCCUGCAGGCCAUGGUGCUCAUGGGUUUUGGGGAUAUCUUCUCCAUGAACAAAGCAGGCGCUGUGCUGCAUUCUGGGAUGCAGAUAAACAUGCAAGCCAAGCAGAAUUCUUCCAGAACCACCUCUAGGAGAAGGGGGAAGAAAGUCAACAUGGCCCUGGGUUUCAGUGAUUUUGACUUGUCAGAAGCUGACGAUGAUGAUGAUGAUGAUGAUGACGGUGAGGAGGAGGAUGACAUGGAUAAUAAUAGUGAAUGAAAGCAGAAAGCAAGUAAUAAAAUUGAAAAUGUUCAGAAAA